AUGCACCACGUUCUGGUCGGCGAGUCGUGCUACACGGCCUCUGAGGUUCAGAAGCUCGUGCAGCGCAUCAACGAUCAGAGCUCCGUUAAGGUUGUCAAGCUUACGGGUUUAUGGCAAUACUACGUUGACCUUGAGACUGAGGAUAGUGCCGUUCUCAGCAGCAUUAAGCAGAUUCUCGAGGCUACUGAGCAACCUACGAACGCCCCCUCAACCGACAGCAAUGGCAAAUCCAUCGAUAUCUAUGUCAGCCCUCGAAAUGUCUCCCCAUGGAGCUCAAAGGCCACCAGCAUCGCGCUAGUCUGCGGUCUCAGGACCGUUAGCCGCAUCGAACGAGGUCGAGUCAUCCACAUCGAAUUUGACGAUGCGUACAAGGGAGAGGAUGAUCUGGGAUUCCGGGAUAUUCUCCAUGAUCGCAUGACAGAACUCUUUAGCCUUUCGCCCCCAGUUCUCGACACCAUGUUUGCCCAUGGAACCCGAAACCCUCUGGUUGUGGUUGAUAUCUUUUCAGACGAAAGAGGCCCGUUGGCCGCUCUCCAGGACCACAACAAGAAGGCUGGACUCGGUCUCGACCAGCCUAACAUGGAGUACUUGGUUAAGCAGUACACUGCGCUUGGUCGAUCCCCUAACGACGUGGAGCUGUUCAUGUUUGCUCAAGUCAACUCCGAGCACUGCAGACAUCAUGUCUUCAAUGCCUCAUGGACAAUUGAUGGUGUUAGUCAGGACAACAGUCUGUUCGGCAUGAUCAAGAACACCCACAAACUGAACCCCGAAUACGUCAUCAGCGCUUAUUCCGAUAACGCAGCUGUUCUAUCCGGCGACGAGGGUAACUACUGGGCUCCGGACUACUCUACCGGAAGCUGGAAGCUUACUCGUGAGGUCGUUCAGCCUCUUAUCAAGGUUGAAACUCACAAUCACCCAACUGCCAUCUCCCCCUUCCCCGGUGCUGCAACCGGAAGCGGCGGUGAAAUUCGUGAUGAAGGUGCUGUUGGCCGAGGUUCUUCUCCCAAAGCUGGACUUGCCGGUUUCUGGGUUUCUGAUCUUCUGAUCCCUGGUAACAAGAGGCCUUGGGAGCUUGAUAUUGGACGUCCCUCUCACUACGCCUCCAGUCUUGAUAUCAUGCUUGAGGCUCCUAUUGGAUCUGCUCGCUUCAACAACGAGUUCGGUCGCCCUGCCCUGACCGGAACGUUCAGGACACUUCUUACCAACGAGGCUGGAUCUGACGCCCCUGAGUACCGAGGUUAUCACAAGCCCAUCAUGAUCGCCGGUGGUAUCGGUAGCGUUCGACCCCAGCACGCUCUCAAGGAGGACAGUCAUGUUGAAGAGGGUGCCCAUGUCAUUGUUCUUGGUGGUCCCGCCAUGCUGAUCGGUCUCGGUGGUGGUGCAGCUUCCUCCAAUGCUGGUAGUGAGGCUACCGCAGAUCUUGACUUUGACAGUGUCCAGCGAGGAAACCCUGAGAUGGAAAGACGAGCCCAAAUGGUCAUCAACACCUGUGUUGCUCUUGGCUCAGAAAGCCCCAUCGCAUUCAUCCACGAUGUUGGCGCUGGUGGUCUUUCAAAUGCUUUGCCCGAGCUUGUCAAGGACGCUGGUUUUGGUGGCAAGUUCGAGCUUCGACAAGUUGAAAGCGCUGAUAACUCCAUGUCUCCUCUCCAGAUUUGGUGCAACGAGGCCCAGGAGCGAUACGUACUCCUUGUCAAUAGGGAUGGACUCAACCGCUUCACAAGCAUUUGCCGGCGAGAACGAUGCGGUUUCUCCGUUGUCGGAAACGCCGUUACCAAGGAUGAGAGUGGUGUUUCUAAGCUUGUUCUGACUGAUCGCGAGCCUACGACCCAGCCUCCCAUUGAUCCCAUCAACCUUCCUAUGGAUGUUCUCUUCCCCCCUGGGCGGCGAAUUUCCAAGGAUGUCCAACGUGUUCAGAAGACCCUUCGUCCCUUUGACGCCGUCAAGAGCCUCACUGAACAUUGUGGUAGCUCCGAUAUCGGCGAUUUGGUGACCAAGGCUACUGAAUUGGUAUUCAACCUCCCUUCAGUUGGAUCCAAGAGUUUCCUUAUCACCAUUGGUGACCGCAGCGUAGGAGGUCUUUCUGUCCGAGACCAGCUUGUCGGGCCUUGGCAGACUCCUGUCGCAGAUGUCGCCGUCACCCUCACUAGCUUCAGUCUCGACGACAAGAAGCGUCGUGGUGAGGCAAUGGCAAUGGGUGAAAAGCCUAAUCUUGCCCUUAUUUCGGCUGCCGCCUCGGCUCGUAUGGCUGUCGUGGAGAGUCUGAUGAAUCUUGGUGCCGCUGACAUCAAGCCUGGUCCUGUUAACGGUGAUCUUAAGCGCGUCAAGCUUUCUGCCAACUGGAUGGCUGCUGUUGGUCACCCCGGCGAGGGUGCUGCGCUUUACGAUGCGGUUGAGGCUAUUGGUAUGGAGCUCUGCCCUCAGCUCGGUGUUUCUAUCCCUGUCGGCAAGGACUCUUUGUCCAUGAAGGCCUCCUGGAAAGACAAGGAGACCUCUGAGUCUCAGACCGUCACUGCUCCUGUGUCGCUAGUCGUCUCAGCCUUUAGCUUGGUUGAGGAUGUCCGCAGCACAUGGACACCUCAGCUGCGCCGUGUCGAAGAGGUUGGCGAGUCUGUUCUUGUCUUUGUUGAUCUCGCCCAGGGUUCCCGUGCUAUGGGCGGUUCUGCUCUUGCUCAGACCCUCGGACAGAUUGGAAACGAAGCUCCUGAUGUUCGCGAUGUCCAGAUCGUCCGCGACUUCUUUGAUGCUCUGUGGCAACUCCACCAAGAGAAGAUUGUCCUCGCCUACCACGAUCGAUCCGAUGGUGGUCUGCUUACCACUGUUGCUGAGAUGAUGUUUGCCGGUCGAUGCGGUGCUGACAUCUCCCUCGAUGACCUUGCUGAGUCUGAAGACAAGGUAAUCGACGCCUUGUUCAACGAAGAGUUGGGUGCUGUCUUCCAGAUCCGCCGUGGCGAUGAGACCAAGUUUAAGAGGUGCUUUGCCACCUGUGGUCCUCCUCAUGGUCUUCUAAGGACCAUCGGUUACGUUCGACCUACUAGCAAGCAGUCCCUUCUCGUCAAGUAUCGAUCAAAGACCAUCGCCGAUCUAGACCGUGUCAAGAUCCAGCAAUGGUGGACAAGUACUUCCUACGAGAUGCAAAAGCUGCGAGACAACCCCGACUGUGCCCAGUCUGAGUAUGAUGCCAUCAGGGACAGCAAGGACGCCGGUCUGCACUACAAGCUCAAGUUCGAUACUGCCGAUGUCAGCCUCCCAGCCCUUACCAGCCUCAAGAGCCUGGUCUUCAAGCCCAGAGUUGCUAUUCUCCGAGAGCAAGGUGUCAAUGGUCACGCCGAAAUGGCCUUUGCUUUCCGAGCCGCUGGCUUUGACGCUGUUGAUGUUCAUAUGUCUGAUAUCCUCGAUGGCUUCUCUUUGGAUGGAUUCAGAGGUCUUGCUGCUUGUGGCGGCUUCUCGUAUGGUGAUGUCCUCGGUGCCGGUAACGGUUGGGCCCAGUCCAUCCUCAUGCAUGACGGUGCUCGCAAAACCUUUGAAGCAUUCUUCAAGCGUCCUGAUACCUUCUCUUUCGGUGUCUGCAACGGUUGUCAGAUGUUGACCCGACUCAAGGAACUGAUUCCUGGUGCCGAGCACUGGCCAACAUUUGUCGAGAACGCCAGCACACAGUUCGAAGGCCGAUACUCUAUGGUCACCAUUGAGGAUAAGUCUGAGAAUUCUGUCUUCUUCAACGGCCUGAAUGGAUCCUCUCUCCCUAUCGUUGUUUCUCACGGUGAGGGCCGAGCUGAGUUCUCUUCUACCAGCGACUUACAGGCCAUCAAUGACUCCGGUCUUAUUCCGCUCCGCUACGUGGACAACUACGGUUCCGUCACUGAAAGAUACCCCUUCAACCCCAAUGGCAGUCCCCAGGGUAUUGCCGGUGUAAAGAGCAAGGACGGCCGUGUCGUCGCUAUGAUGCCUCACCCCGAGCGCACUAUUAUGGCUGAUGUUGGCUCAUGGAAGCCUGAGCGCCAACUGGCCGAGUGGGGUCAAUUUGGUCCUUGGUUCCAGCUGUUCUUGAACGCGCGCAAGUGGGUUGCUUAA